AAAGAACUUUUUCUUACGUAAUCCUGAUUCUGAAGUGAGUGGCAUUUAGGGACAUAAUAACAAUUUUAUAUUCAGGUCCUAAGACUCUUUCUCAGCAGCAAAUGAUAUCCUAUAGGAUUGUUUACAACUGGUCAGUGUUUCUCUGCCACAACCUCCAUGGAACAUGGAGAACACUGGGAAUUCCUCUUUACUCUUGGUUUUGACUAAGUCUCUGUUCUGGGGGGAAAUCUGCAUCCAGAUUUUUUAUGCUGUCAGAUAUGGCUGAAAAAAUUAAGAUGUGUUAAGUUCUAUGUAUCUGAAUUAAUUUGCCUGAUAGGCAGAUUAAAUCUUACUGUAAAAGCUUCUGCAGAGGAAUAAGGAAAUGAUUCCAAUGUUAAAGAAGUUACUUUUUCUUGAGGAAUAAAACUUGAUCAAGACUGAGAUCCAUGCAUCAGAGAUGUGAGGACAAAUGGUUAUGGUCGAAGACACUGGGCAAGGGUCAAAUGACUACAAAAUUAACUUUAAGACCUGGGGCAAAGGGCAAAACUUUGCAGAUUCACUCAGGCCACAGAAAUUCUGCAUCAAAAAGAAUUUGAUUAAGAGUUUACCUGUAAUUUUGUUGAUAGUUUGUGGAUAGUUUCAUCCUUUGUAAGAACAGAAAUGAAAAUUACCCUGUAUUUCAAGAAUCACUCCCUCUAAACCUUGUAUUGAGUUUAGUGGUUGAAAAAGGCAAAUUGAUAGUUGAACUCAGGUUGUGAAAUCAAAUCUGGGGCCUACAUAAGGGAUUACUGAAGUGAAGGUUCUUGAGAUGGAUGUGCUGAAUGGAAGCAUCAGUCAGCAACUGUUGAAGCUAAAGCAGUGAGCACCUUGAUAGAAGUCAUCUGGAAACAUCCUUCAGAGUUCCAUGGGGAGGAAAAGGAAUAGAGAAUCCACUCCUGAGUGCUUUGGUGUAAGAAGCAGGAACCUUAUUCUAAUGCAAACAAUAACAACUGAUGUUGUGUUUGAGGAAGGAGACUUGUUGGCAAUUAAAAUCCCCAAAGAAUGCAUCAAAAUUCUGCAAGGAUCAGCUGAGCUACAGACAAGGUGCCAGAUCAGUAAAGGACAUUAGGUCCUUGAAAAUCUGGUGGUAAAAAAAAUACUAGAAAGCAAGAUGGGGAACAUCAUAUUUAAUUGGACUAUUCAAACCAUCAGUUUGGCUGUGACCUACUGUAAUGGACUGAUUAAAGGUGGAGUCUGCUGUGCCACUGAGUGUGGAGCUAAAACAUCUUGAUGCAACAGCUGAGCUCCUGCAGGAGCUGAGCUGUUUCAAAAGCUCCAGGAGAUCCCCAGCAAGCAAAAAGUUGUUACAAUCAAGAACAUCGCGAGUACUUACUCUCCCAAAUAAGGAGUGCCAGGCAGAUCCCGCUUGGAUACUGGGGAACCAGCCAAUGGGCAGUCAGGGUCCAUUCUGGUACCAUCCCUUGGAUACUGGUGAAGUGGCCAAUGGGCAUCCAGGCUCUACUGGAGAGGGUAUUUAGGGCAGUGCCCAGGGGGUGCCCAGGGUGGUACCGGGGCCUGCUGAGAGGGCUGGUGUCACUGUGUCACUCUGCCUGCCUGUUCCCGCUUCAGAGGCCACAGCACCGCCCAGGGGGAAGCACUUCAUGGUGGUGGUGACAGAUUCCUAAGCUGUAUUCCUGAUUUUUUCCCCCACUGUCUGAUAAAACGUCAUUUAUCAUGAGAAUGUUUAUUAAAUCAUGGAUUCCUCGGUGUCUGCAGAUUCUCAGGUCGCCUUGCAGAUCAUUCCAUGGAUACCACAGGCUUCUGACGUCUCAGAUUAUUUCCCAUUAUGAAGCAAUACACCAGUAUAAAAAGGAACUGCCUAAAUAUUUCAACUUUGCAAGUGAUGUCUUAGAUGAGUGGUCACAACUGGAAAAGGAUGGAAGAAAACCAGCAAAUCCAGCUUUUUGGUGGGUAAAUGAGGAGGGAGAGGAGGUGAAGUGGAGCUUUGAAGAGCUGGGAUUUCUCUCUAGGAAGGCAGCCAAUGUACUUUCUGAGGCAUGUGGUUUGCAGAGAGGAGACAGAGUUAUAGCAGUUCUGCCUCGUGUCCCAGAGUGGUGGCUCCUCAAUGUAGCCUGUAUGAGAACAGGAAUUAUCUUUGUUCCAGGAACAUCCCAACUGACAGCCAAAGACAUCUCAUACCGACUCCAGGCUUCAAAGGCCAAGUGCAUCAUUACCAGUGACACACUGGCACCUGCAGUGGAAUCUGUUGUGCCUGACAGCCAGUUUUUGAAAAGUAAACUAAUUGUAGGCAAAGGGAGCAGGGAUGGGUGGCUGAACCUCAAAGAACUUGUUGCGGUGGCAUCUGCUGAACAUAAAUGUGUCAAGACAAGAAGUCAAGACCCAAUGCUGAUCUAUUUUACAAGUGGAACUACAGGCUUUCCAAAAAUGGUGGUGCAGUCCCACAGCAGUUAUGGCAUCGGACUUGUAUCUGGUGGCAGGCGUUGGAUGAACUUGACUCCUUCAGAUAUAAUGUGGAAUACCUCUGAUACUGGAUGGGCAAAAGCAGCUUGGGGCAGUGUUUUUGCACCAUGGAUCUGUGGAUCUUGUGUCUUUGUACACCACAUGCCACAAUUUAAUCCUGCAGUUAUUGCAGAGACUCUCUCAAGAUACCCCAUCACUACCUUCUGCACUGCUCCCACUGCCUUCCGCAUGCUGGUCCAACAUGAUCUGAGCAGGUACAAGAUGAUGAGUCUGAAACACUGCAUAUCUGCAGGGGAACCACUCAAUCCUGAAAUGAUGGCAAAGUGGAAAUCCCAGACAGGGGUGGAUAUCCAUGAAGGUUAUGGCCAGACCGAAACAGUGACAAUCUGUGCCAACAUGAAAGGAAUGAAAAUUAAACCUGGCUCUUUGGGAAAAGCCCUUCCCCCUUUUGAUGUGCAGAUCAUAGAUGACCAUGGGGCUGUUUUGCCUGCAGGAGAAGAGGGCAGCAUUGCUGUCCGAAUCCAGCCGACACGGCCCUUCUGUCUGUUCUCUGAGUACCUGGAUAAUCCGGAGAAAACUGCUGCCUCUGUGCGUGGAAAUUUUUAUGUCACUGGGGACAGAGGGAUUAUGGAUGAAGAGGGAUAUGUCUGGUUUGUUGGGAGAGAUGACGAUAUCAUUAAUUCUGCUGGGUAUCGUAUUGGCCCCUUUGAAGUGGAAAGUGCUUUAAUCGAACACCCAGCAGUGGCAGAGUCAGCUGUUGUCAGCAGUCCUGAUCCAGAUCGAGGGGAGGUAGUCAAAGCCUUCAUUGUUUUAACUCCUGCUUUUGCAUCACAUGAUCCAGAAAAAUUAACUCAGGAGCUUCAACAGCAUGUCAAGAAAGUGACUGCACCUUACAAGUAUCCAAGGAAGGUGGAGUUUGUUCAGGAUCUGCCAAAGACGGUUAGUGGGAAAAUCCAGAGAAAAGUCCUCAGGAACAGAGAGUGGGGGAGAGAAUGACAAGGGCAAGAGUGAUCCGGAAAAUGAGGAGAGAAAAGUUCCAUCACUGGUACCAGCCAUAACACAUCAAAUUUGGCAUGUGGUCAUGACCCAGAGAACUAGGAGAACAUCUAGAAAAACAACCUAUGGAAGAAAAAGGCGAAAACACUCAUAUGGCUUGAGGAUGUGUUGGUGUUGGUAUUGGAACCUCUUUUGCCAUCGACCUAAAAAUUUUCAGAAGACAGAAGUUGCAAAUAAUUAGGAGUGUGGAAUGGGAGAGAGAAAGAACAUACCCAGGAGCCUACAAAGGAUUGUUUUUAUUUAAAAAGUGUAACUACAAUACUUUGAUACAUAUAAAUAAAAGGGAAAAUAAUAAAAAUAGUCU